AACCCUUCCAAGAAACUCUCUCUCUCUCCGCCGGGAAACAAACCAACCUCACCGGAAAAUUCGUCGGCGAUUCUCUCCGGUAAGCGAUGUUUUCGUCGUCGGAGAUUUCUCGCACGGCGUCGACGCUGUUCGCAGCCUACGCCUCGUUGACCGGCUUCUUGAUGCUUCUCCGGUCAAUGUUCUACGAUUUCGUCCCGGAGAAGCUCCGAUCGUACGUCUCCGACUUCCUCCACCGAUUCUUCACCCCGAAAUCGAAUGAUCUCACAAUCAUCGUCGACGAGAACUUCGGGAUGAGUCGGAACCACGUCUUCGACGCGGCGGAGCUGUACCUCCGCACCAAAAUCGGCCCUAAAACGGAACGCCUCAGAGUUGGUAAGACCACUCGGCAGAAGCAUUUCACGCUCAUGAUCGAGAAAGGAGAAGAAAUCGUCGAUUCCUUCGGCGGAUUCGAUCUGAAAUGGAGCUACGUCCAGACCGAGAGCGAGAAAGGCGAUCAAUCGAGGCGGUAUUAUGAGCUCACAUUCGAAAAGAAGUUCAGGGAUAGAGUCAUGAGCUCUUACUUGGAUCAUGUCGUAUCCGAAUCCGAGGAGAUAAGGAGGAAUCUGAGAACAGUGAAGCUCUAUAGCCGUGAUGUGUAUUCAAAUGAUGACGAUGAUAAUUGCGCAGGUGGGAAUUGGGGCUGUGUGAAUCUUGAGCAUCCGUCGACAUUCGAGACGCUUGCAAUGGAUCCCGAGGCGAAGAAGAAGAUAAUCGCCGAUUUGGAUAGGUUCUUGAGAAGGAGGGAAUUUUACAAGAGAGUUGGGAAGGCAUGGAAGCGAGGUUACUUGUUGUACGGCCCUCCAGGGACGGGGAAAUCGACACUGAUCGCCGCCAUGGCCAAUUACCUCAAGUUCGAUGUGUUCGAUCUCGAGCUUAGCAAUAUUUAUGAUAACGCCGAUCUCAAGAGGGUGUUGCUGUCCACCACAAACCGAUCCAUAUUGGUGAUCGAAGACAUCGAUUGCAAUGCCGAGGUGCGAGACAGGGAAGCCGAUGACCAUGACGCUGCAGAGACUAACAGAAAGGUGACUCUGUCAGGGAUUCUGAACUUCAUUGACGGGUUAUGGUCGAGCUGCGGGGACGAGCGACUCAUCGUGUUCACGACCAAUCACAAAGAUCGACUCGACCCUGCUCUGUUACGCCCGGGACGGAUGGACGUGCACAUUCACAUGUCAUACCUCACCAGCAAAGGUUUCAGGACUCUGGUCUAUAAUUACCUCGGACUCGACGGCCAGAACCACCCUCUCUGCGAGGAAAUCGAGUGCUUGAUCGACUCCAUUUACGUCACUCCAGCCGAAGUAGCCGAAGAGCUGAUGCAGGACGACGAUCCUGGCGUUGUUCUUCGCGGGUUGCUGGGUUUUCUCGAGAAGAAGAAGGCCAAGAUAAGCGAGGUCAAGGGAGAGGUCACAGAAUCUGAAAAGAAAGUAGGGAUUACAGCAAGUGACAAUGACGAAAAACCGAACCGUAGGGAUGGUAAGAAGAAGAAAGCAGCGGGAAGGAAAGGGAAGAAUCAAGGAAAAGGAAGAAAAAAGAUGAAGCCACUGUUCUUCAACUCCAUGGAGGUCACUCGAGUUUUCUCGAACAUGUUAUCGGCAUAUGCUUCGUUAACCGGAUUCAUGAUGAUGAUGCGUUCCAUGUUCAAUGACAUCAUACCGGAGCAGUUCAGGUCAUACAUAACCGACUUCUUCGCUCGCUUCUUCACAAAGCUCGAUCCCGACCACAUCACCGUCAUCGUCGAAGAUUACAGCGGAGAGAUGUCGAACCAGCUGUUCGAAGCUGCCGAGACCUACCUCCGGACAAGGAUGAGUUCCGACACGAAGCGUGUCAGGGCAAGCAAAACUCCCGGUCAGAAAGAGGUCUUGGUCUCGUUCGAUGAAGGGCAAGAGAUAUUGGAUUACUUCGAGGGCAUGGAACUGAGAUGGGUGGAACUGAAAACGACCCAAGCUCGGGACGAUGACGGAAGGCAUUUCGAGCUAACGUUCGAGAAGUCGUGUAGGGAUAGAGUGUUGCAGGUUUAUCUCCCUCGUCUGAUCUCUGCGUCGGAAGAGAUCAAACAGAGAGAGAAAACGCUUCGGCUGUAUAGCCGAAGCCUGAGAUAUAACUGUUCAGGUGGGUGGGGAUCUGUAUAUCUCGAGCACCCUUCUACGUUCGAUACUUUGGCGAUGGAUUCGGAUCUGAAAAAGAUGAUAAUCGGCGAUCUCGAGAGGUUUCUGAAGAGAAAAGAUCUGUAUAAGAGGGUCGGGAAAGCGUGGAAGAGAGGUUACUUGCUGUACGGGCCACCUGGAACUGGUAAAUCCAGCUUGAUUGCUGCCAUGGCGAAUUACCUCAAGUUCGAUGUCUACGAGCUGGAACUCACUUCUGUCUACUCGGACAGCGAACUGAAGAGGAUUCUGCUCUCGACUUCGAACCAGUCCAUAUUGGUGAUCGAGGACAUAGAUUGCAGUGACGAGACCAUGGACCGGUCACGUAAACGCAGUCGCCGCCGUCGUCAGGAGUCGAGCUCUCAGUCAGAGCUGACGUUAUCAGGAAUUCUGAACUGCAUCGAUGGCUUGUGGUCGAGCUGUGGGGACGAACGUAUCUUCAUAUUCACGACCAACCACAAAGACAGGCUCGACCCGGCAUUGCUCCAGUUCCAGUUCGAGUUCCAGUUCGAGUUCGAGUUCCAGUUCAAGCAGCGAAGAACGUGAGAGGAGACCGAGGAGAAGGAGAGGGUUUAGGCUCUUGGGUGGAUUUUACAAACGUUAGGGGAACUUUGUUCUUAGGACAACCCUCUCUCCCUCCCUCUGCGUUUUUUUUUAUUAGUUUGUGUUUUUUUUGUCGCUUUC